CGGCCCCACGCUGCCAGUUUCAGUCCCAACAAAACUCUCGAGCCGUAAAGUUGUUGCAAACGUGUCAAGCGGAAACUUUAACUCCCAGUUGCGUUUAAGUUAAGCGCGUUUCAGAACAGCCAGAAACAAUAAAUUUUGAAUAUUGUUUGCCAUAAGGAUUCGGAUACGCGGCGCUACAAAACAAAAGACUUAAGCAACGAACGUGCCCCACAAUGACACAUCACACAAAGGAAGCUCACGGCUCCGGUUCGAGUAUGACGGCGCUUUGGUUGCUGCUCAGCGCGCUGCUAGUCACACAGAUAACCGCACAGGAGCCGGCGACGGUGCCCGGCGAGUUUGCGCCCCAUGUAACAGCCACGUGCAAGGCGGGAACCAUGAACAUCAAGGUGAAAUUCAGUUCCGGCUACACAGGCGCCGUCCAUGCACGGGAUCACCGCACACAGCCCUGCAUGGCCAUGGGCGACGGCAGCGAUUCGGUUGCAUUCAGCCUCAACCUGUGGGCCAAGCAAGGAGCGCCAGACUAUUGCGGCAUAUUGGUCAGCAACGUGAGUGGAAGCAAUCGCACGGAGGAGCGGUCCAUUCAGCUGGCGGUGCGUGUGCAUAAGACUCUUGAACUGGCGGAUGAUAAAUUUUAUGUGAUUACCUGUGGCAAAUCGGGCUAUACUCGCGAUGACAAUGCCCAUGUUGUGCUCAAGUUUCUGGAGAACGAUCACCGCGUGCGCGAAACAGUAUAUGGACACGAGUAUAAGAUACGCGCUGAGUUCUCCAAGCCAAACGAUACCUAUGGUCUACGUGUGGGCAACUGCUUUGCCUUUGACAAGAAGAACAUCACCCUCAAGCUGACAGAUGAUCGCGGCUGCCCCUAUGAUGCCAAUAUUAUGAGCCGUUUUGUGCCCACCGCCGAUGGGCGUGCAGCCGAGGCUACGCUAGCCUCCAUGUUCAAGUUUCCCGAGGGAUCCGAGGUUCAUCUCCAGUGUGACGUCGUACAGUGCUAUGGACGCUGCGUCGAGAUUGACGAUUGCAGCGAGGUGGCCCUGGCUGGUUUCACAAAGGGCAAUGGCAAUGGACCACGCAAGUUUGGACCCAAUGAAGAAGGUUCCAGCAUUGCGGGAACAACUGUUUUUGUUUUGGAUCCCGCCGAAGCGCGACUAAUUUCGCCGAAUUGCGAGGAUGGUAUACGACCCAGCUGGCUGCUGUGGCUGGCCAUAACCUUGGGCGUACUGUUCCUCAUCAUGUUGCUAAUGAACAUUUUCCUUUGCACUGCUAUGAGCUGCAGUUGUGCCAACACAGAGAUCAUUGAGAAGGAGCCCUCCAUCAUCGAGGAAUACGAUCCCUACCGCAGUUGGCAUGGUAGCCAAUAUGGCUCCCGUUACUCGCUACAUGGGCGUGAUGCGCACAAGGGUUAUACCAGCGGUGGCUCGACGAUACACUCAAAUAGGUCUGAUAGAUAUUAAGCUGAUCUAUAAACUACACACACAAACACACAAGAACACAAAAGCUCUACUCUACACUUGAUAUGCAUCUGCUCUGCUCUUAAACAUUUUUUUUCUGGUAGCUGUGGAGCCAACACAGACACACACAAACACACCGACACAUAUAUAUGUCUAUAUAUAUAUAUAUAUAUAUAGAUGUAUCUUUAUAUAACGCAUGCCCAAAAAGCCUUGUAUCGUAUCUAUGUAUCGUAUUUUGUGGUAUUCGUAUCUAUUGUUAAUUCUACUGAAGUGCCCUGAAGCCCUGUUGGAGAACAACUACAACAAAGCAACACAACUUGUGUUCACAAAAACAAAAGACAUAAAUGAAUGGAAUGAAUUUAUUUCGUGCCUUGUAUUGCAACUGUAAUUAACCGUUGAUAAUUUGCAUUUGUUUAAAAUGAUGACUAACUUUAAACCUAAACUAAACCUAUCGAAUAGAACGUACAAUUUUCUCUGGCCCAUACCCGGAAACACUAACAGUCCACUUUAAAGAUUUGCUAACUAAACUGUCAAGUCCUCUUUUUAAAUACACCACAUAUUAUAAUUUGAUAAUGAUUUUGUAUGAAACUUAUCAACAAACUUAUCCAACGUACUACUUCGAAGGUCUAUACCAAUUGAUAACGAUUAUGCAAUUGUACAUUCACGACCCGGCUCUAGACAUUCCUCCACGUUGCAUGGACAGCGUGCGCAUCGCGGACCGCCCAGUAACAUAUAAAAAUGUAAAACAUAAGUCAAAGUGUGACAGUUUUAAAGUUUAACAUAGUUAAGUUACGUUUUCCCCAUUUCAAGUAAGUCUCAAAUGUAUAUAACUAAAAGCAGUCUAUUACAACUUUUCCAAAUUCUUCGAUGGAAAUAGGCCUAAAACAAAUGAUGUCUCUGUAAAAUACUAAAUGAAAACAAAUACUAUAUAUUUCAUUAAAAUUUGCCUAAUAUUUAAAUAACAACUAAACAUAAGUCAUUAGUCUGUCAUAAGUUCGAGCGAAUCUGUACGAGUAUUAGUGAAAAGUUAUAAAUAAAUGUAAAAAGCCACAAGUAAAAUCACUAAUUCGAAAUGCAAGAAUAUGCAAAUAGCUUAAAAAGUUAAACAAACCUUUAAAGUGCGUUAAACGUAAAACUUACGAAUUGUAAUUAAUUUAGAAUAAAACAUUCAUUAAAUUUAAAAACCAAUAAAUUUAUUGAAUGAGA